UUGCCGAAACUUUUUUUCUUCCUUUGACUAAAGCAAGAAUUUCCAACUCUGAAAAUGCUACUGGAACGCACAGUCGUUAACUUGUUUAACAAUAAUCUCGUAGUUUCUUUUUCCAUUGUUUUUAUACACCACAUAUCCAGCCUUUGUCCCUGACUAAUAUCACUUACAAGCCGUGAUUGGUCAAGUUAAAUCAAACCAAUUAUCUUGACAACGGAAGACUACAUCAGUGACCACCACAAAUCAAAGUGUCAGAUGCAACUACAGAGAUCGUUCUCAAGGUCAAAGAAUUCUCUCUUGAGAUGGAGAAGAAAUUCGACUUCAAACCGUUGCUCACUGAUUCGCAAGAUAGCCAGGGUUCCACCCCUUUGAGGAUAUUCUCCAUUUCAACCGCUAAACCGGAAAAUAUAAAGUUUGGGGAAGAAGAAAUGGAUCUUAUUAGUGGUGGCAGCGAUGUUUCUAGUGUCGAAGAAAUUGCACAAGAGAGAAACGAAAAUCCAUCGCAUGCAUGGACCGAAGGAAACUGGGCCUUUUGCAGAGAUGACAUGGAUGAAGACCUGCCAUCAUUCGAAGCGCGCUACGAAGCCAUGAAAGAAAUUUUUCCGUCGCUUGGUGAAAACGACGGACGAAGCAGCCGCUUAGAGACGCUAAAGACCCCUGAUGGGAGCAAAGUUGCGUUUGGCGAAGCGGACAAAAACGAUAGAGACGAAUUGUAUGCGAAACUUCGGGAGGCUGUCGACAAAAGAGUCUCUGAGAAUUUAUCGAGAUUGUCCAAUCCCAGUUUGGUCUCUGGCGAUUUCCUUUCUAUACAUGAAAACGGCAAACCAAAAACGGCGCCAUCUUCUGUUGGAAAAAUUGACGCUGAGAAACAGUACUUCUUUCCUGAGCUUCGAAAUCUGAUAGAAGGCAGAAUAGAAGAAACCAAAGUUGACACGUUGGCCAACCGAAUAGAACGAGAGCUGAUGAGGAGGCAGCAUCUUUGCAACGAGCAGGCUUUGAUGCUGCAAAUGCUUAUGAACCGCGUCCAAGAUCUGGAGAAGCGCGGGCCACCCAAACGAGGAACAACUCCUGUUCACACUUCGUCACGAGCGUCCCGUGGAAAUCGGUGCAUGUGCUACCACACAAGCAACUACAUCGUGGAG